GUGACGAGGCUCAACUGUUGAUGCCCGACUUAGAAUGACGCCCAAAGCCAUCAGGCUGGGAGGACACCGAGAUAACAGGGCCUCAAGGUUUCCCAGCUGGAGCUUGAUACUUGGUUUUUCACAAUUUCGUCUAUUUGCGACGUUGGACAAUUUACGAAGUUGUGUGCAAAAGUGAAACAGGAGAUCUAGACAGACCUCGUGGCCAUGGCGAUAAAGCGCCCAUCUCUCGGCCAGAUUGCAGGCCUUGGCGACUUCUACGAUGCUGUCACCGACACCUUUUCGUCCAUCUCCCUCCUGAAGGCCGCUGCCCCGCCGAUGGCCGUGAGACGCACCGACAACCCGGGUACCGAGAUGGACUUUACCAAGGAAGAUACCUUUGAGACGCGGUUACGUAGCCUCCGAGUCGGCGCUGAACUGGGCGCCAGCAUCCUUUCCAACAUGAUAUCUGUUGACGGCGUCGGCCGUUUUCUUACCGAAACGCGGUCUAGUUUCCGGACUGUGCAACUCUCAUGCCUUUACAGAAUCACGACAGUCCACGAGAAGCUCAACUUGGGUUGUUUCAUGAUGACGCCGGAUCUCCAAGAGCUUCUGGAUCUCGAUGCCCUGCGAGGCAGAGGCGGCACGCAUGUUGUUACCGAGAUCGAAUGGGGUGCAUCGAGUGUUGUGACGGCCAGGUCCAAGGUUGAGAACUCUGGUAACCAGAAAGAUGUUCAGACUCAGCUUGAUGUCGGUCUCGCUGAGUUGAGCAUGAUUGUUGGGACUGGAGCCAAUGUAGGAGCAGAGUUUGGAGUCCAGCGAGGAAAGGGGCUCUCAGAAACAGCAUUUGCCAUCAAGGUGUAUGGCGACUUUGUGAGCGACAUGGACAUUCCUAACGACUUUGAGAGCGCGCAAAACUACAUCAAGACCAUGCCCUCGGCGAUAUCCGCCUCGAAUGGCGGGAAGGGAAAACCGCUGGUGUACACCCUCGUUCCUGUCGAGAUGCUCCACAUGCUUUACGACCUCACCAUCGAGUCUCAUAUUUCGCUGAAGCGUCUUGGGCACGACGUUCUAGACGAGUUUGUCCACCUCUUCGAUGAGUUGACUACAGUGCGGCAAAGCCUCAACGACUACUACCAUGACGCGAAGGAGUAUCGGUUUUGCCUACCAGACAGCCACUUGGCGGAAGCAUCUGAUCGCCUUCGUCAGGCAAAGGCAGGCGAGGCGCGUCUGAAGGAAGAAUAUGCCAGCGCCCUCUCCAAUGUGAGGCGCGGCAAGUCUGAGCCGAACUGCCUGUGGAGCCUUCUCAAGGAGUCGCGCAGUGACAACUCAUCGCCCGAGAACCUCAUGUCGAUAAUCCGGGACCAUGAGGAGAAGAUAAAGUUCGCCGUCACGAUGGUUAAGAAGGGAGCGCGCUACGUCGGACACGGCGGUCUGAAUGCCCUCAACAAUCUCAUCAUGGAACAAGGGAGAAAUGACGCGUACGUGUUUUACUUCAACGAUGCCGUGCAGGCGACGCAGCCAUCCCGCUGGGAUGACAACAGGAGACUCAUCCUGGAACUUCUCGAAUCCGAAUGCGAUGAUUUUGUCAUCAUGUUCGACUGUGACCUCGGAAAAACACCCAUUGCCAUGCCAUACGUGGAGCAAUACCGAGCCGGGAAACUUAUCGUCAAAGACCUGAGCGAGGUCCGUCGAUUCUUGGAUGGCCAUUGUGUGAUCCGCUACGACCGGGCGGCACUCAACCACGCCGAAAACGGCCUACCGGCUCAGCGGAGGAUGGUAAAGAUCAGAUGCCCAGGGCGUCGCUGCCGGGGCACAAAGCGUGUCUGGAUAUGUGAGACCUGCAAGGGGUCCGUGGAGUAUGGAGUUGUUGACACCUUUCUCUACUGCUCCUGCGGUCGGUUCCCCUACGACAAGUGCCGCUUUCGAUGCAACCAACAUGAUGAGGAGGGCACGUUUACGACGCCGAAACCUUCUUGGCUGCUAGUCAGGCUGAAAAGUCUUCAGCCCCUGACGAUGCAAGAGAUCAACGUGCUCAUCCUAGGCGAAACCGGGGUAGGCAAAUCGACGUUUAUCAACGCAUUCGUCAACUACCUGACAUACGACAGCCUUGAAGAGGCCAUCAAGGCCAGAAAGCCACAGUAUGUCGUGCCGUACUCAUUCUCGCUACCGUACCCCGACGGCAAUGGAGGCUUCAACCCCCUCGACAUCAAGGUCGGGACGAGCCCAGACGAACAUCACGGUGCCCUUGGAGAGUCCGCAACCAGGAAAACGACAGUCCAUCGCAUUCCGCUUAACAAUACCACCAUUUUGCGGUUCAUUGACACGCCCGGGAUCGGCGAUACGCGGGGCAUCCAGCAGGAUGCGUUAAACAAAGAAGACAUCCUUGCAACGUUGCGGCACAUUGACAAACUCCAUGGCAUUCUCAUCUUGCUAAAGCCGACAAACUCUCGCUUGGAUGUAAUGUUCCGCUUCUGCAUUACCGAGUUGUUGACCCAUCUGCACCAAGACGCGGCGAGUAACUUCUGCUUUGGUUUCACCAAUACGCGGGGCAGUUUCUAUACGCCGGGGGAUACGUAUGUACCUCUGAAAGCGCUCUUGGAAAAGUACAACAACUCCAAGAUCUCGCUAAGUACACACACAACCUACUGCUUCGACUCCGAAAGCUUUCGGUUUCUCGCGGCUCUGUCGGAGACGCAGACCCAGAUGCCCGGGCUCAACGACUUCGAGAGGAGCUGGGACCGAUCUGUCCGGGAGUCCAAGCGCCUUCUAGCACAUUGGGCAACCCUCCGCGGCCACAGGGUGAAAAGCACUCUGAGUCUCAACACUGCGAGGGAUCUCAUCCUUGCCAUUCGAGAACCACUCUCUAUGUUGGAGGAGAUGGCGAUGGAGAGCAUCAAAGAGAAUGAACGAGACGCUAAAGCUCUCCAGCAGGCGGAAAUUACGUGGAAGGAGUUGGAGUCGAGGCUCUUCAUCAGCACCAUCGUCCUCGAACACUCGGUCCUCGACAAGCCAAGGACUGUUUGCACGCAUGCGGACUGCCGAACCCGCAAGGUGGAUGGCAAAGGUUUGCCUUUUUACGAGUACAACAUCGUCUGCCAUGACAUGUGCCGCAUGCCCCCCGGAGUCGAGCAUUUGGGAGAACCUUCCAGGUGGUUGCUGGCCUGUGGCGUAUUCAACCACGGACUGAGGACGACAUGCGCCAUCUGCAACCAUUCUUGGAAGCUGCACAUACAUAUCAAAGACGACUACCGGACCAAAGUUGAGAAGAGCAUAGACCCAGAUGUUCAGCGCCUUGUGGAUGAAAACGGCUCCAAGGCCGAGAUACAAGCCCGCCACCUUCAGGCCCUCGAGAAACAGAUCGAAAGCCGCAAGGCCGAAAUGUCGAAGCUGAUGGACGCUUCAGCUGCAUUCGGUCGCUAUCUCAAACACAACUCCAUCGCUCCCUACAACGAUGAGGCGCUGGCAUACAUGGACGCGGAACUCACGGGGCAAAGCAACCUGUCCGGUGACACAGUCUGGCAAGCAAGCAGGUCCAGUUCCAUCAGUUCUUUGGCAAUGGCACGGGAUGAGUAUGCCAAAGACGUCGAAGCGAUACAAAGGUCCAUCAAAAAGAGCCAAACCGCGCCGAUUCCCACUGACGAGGAGGUACACGAGAUCUUAGAGAGGCUGUAUGAUCUGGAAGGAUGUGGUGCUACCUUGAGGAGCAUAGUUUUGAAGAAACGGUCAUCCGGGGACUCGUAUGUGGAACGGGCAUUUCAUGGCCAUCUCGAUAACGGUCGUACUUUGUCCUCUGUAUGGGACAUCGCGGACCAAGAUGACGUCUAUGACAUAGAGUUGCCGCCCGCGGGUUUUGAGUCCGACGUUGCCGAAAUACCGCGUCCCCAGUUAUAUAAACUCCAAGAGAAGGUCUGGGAAUCGAGAUUGGCGAGGCCACGCCCUGCACCACGGACAAACAGGGAACCGGAGGAGGCCGAAGCGGCGAUGGGAUCGUCGUCGUGGGAGAAUCCGCAAGCGAGGCCAAUUCGACGAGCCAGAUAUGGAGGGCGCAUGGGUCCCUGGGCAUUACUCGCCGCGGCUGCGAAAGGAGAGGCGUAAUGUUGCAGACAAGGAGGGCUAGAGUUAGUCCAACGACGGGAUAUCGAACGCGCCAGGGGUAUCUUUAGACAAGAUCAUUGUAUGGCGUCGUCAUCGCCUGUUCAUCAAAUCCACAAAGCGGGGAACUUUAAACGCAAUUGUUAAUUGGUGGUGG